CAUAGCGCUGUUAAGCUUCAUUGGAAAGCUUUCAGCGCCUCGAAACGUUUACUUUGCGUUUUAAUCAAUCAUGCAUGUUAAAAGUUUUUACCUUUGACAGUUGUACGGACCAAACCCUGAAUAUAUGUUGCGAGGCAUAUCUGAUGGUUUUGUUUCUCAUUGCAAAACACUCGACUCAAUGCUUCUCUUUCCUGCUGGCGGUCGUGCUUGCUCAUUGCGCCAUGAUUGGUCCGGCAGCGAUAAUAGCCUAAAUGUUUUUUUUUUCUCUUCUUCUUUUAACUUCAGCCCACCAUCCGGCCGGCGCCGUCUCUCGCGCGCAGCAACUUUCGGGGCACCUUUCCCGGCCAUCCAGGCGAUUGAUUCUCGACCCGCUUGAUUGGUGGGAUUUGCCAUGAUUGCUUAGAAAACUUCUGGGGCCUGCUUAUGAAAUCGUACAAGUAGGGUGAGCAGCGGGUAGGCAGGCAUUGAGUGAGGUGAGUGGGAGCCUGUCAACCUGCCGUUAA